CUCCCAGCCGCCAUGGCGGCACCGGCAGAGGAGAGCGCGGAGCCCUCGGGGAGGGAGCCGCGGCUGCGGGACACCCCCGAGGACAUCUGCUUCGAGGCGACCGCCAACGCCAUCGCCCUGCACCCGGCCCGGCCGCUGCUGGCGGCGGGGGACGUGGACGGCGAUGUGUACCUGUACUCGUACUCCUGCACCGAGGGGGAGAACCGGCAGCUCUGGUCCUCCGGGCAUCAUCUGAAGUCGUGCCGGGACGUGGCCUUCUCCCACGACGGGCAGAAGCUUUUCACCGUGUCCAAGGACAAGUCCAUCCACAUCCUGACGGCGGAGGAGGGACGGCUGGAAACGCGCUUCCCUAAGGCACACAGCUCGGCCCUCAACUGCGUGCUGCCCAUCGAUACCAAUGUCUUUGCCACGGGUGAUGACAACGGGGCGCUGAAGGUGUGGGACCUGCGCAAGGGGGAUGCAAUCUUGGAAGCCCGGGAGCAGGAGGAGUACAUCAGCGCCAUGGCUGUGGAUGGUAACGGGAAGCUGCUGCUGACUGCCAGUGGUGAUGGCACCCUGGGUGUCUUCAACGUGAAGAGGCGUCGCUUUGAGCUACUCUCAGAACCGCAGAAUGGGGACCUCACAUCUGUGGCGCUGCUGAAGAGGGGGAAGAAAGUGGCCUGUGGCUCCAGUGAAGGCACCAUUUACCUCUUCAACUGGGACGGCUUCGGGGCAGCCAGCGACCGCUUCGCUUUGAGAGCUGAGUCCAUUGACUGCAUGGUCCCCAUCACAGACAGCAUUGUGUGCGUGGGCUCCUUGGACGGAGUCAUCAGGGCAGUGAACGUCCUGCCCAACCGUGUGCUGGGCUGCGUGGGGCAGCACCUCGGGGAGCCCAUCGAGCAACUGGCGCUGGCGCCAGGUGGGCAGCUCCUGGCCAGCUGUGCCCAUGACCAGAAGGUGAAGUUCUGGGACGUGUCGGCGCUGGCAGGGCUGGUGGUGGACGAUUACCGCAAGAAGAAGAAGAAGGGGGGGCCCCUGCGGGCGCUCAGCAGCAAGGCAGUGGGCAGUGGUGAGGACUUCUUUGCUGACCUGCGGGAUGAGGCUGAGCCGGAGGCGGCACCAGAGAGCGACAGCGACAGCGAUGGUGGGGACUGAGGGGAUGGGAGCGCAGGGUUGUAACUGAGGGUCCUUCUAUGGGGGGAUGUGGCUGCAGUCCCUGGUGGAAGGGCUCGGGGUUCAUGAGUGAGGAUCCCUGGUGGAUGUGGGGGCUGGGUCUGAGAUGGGGCAGGGGACAUGGAUGGGGAUCCAGCCCUGGGAAGGGAGUGUGGUGUGGGUGUAGGAAAGGUGGGCUUUGCUGGUGUAUUUGGGGGUCCUGAGAUGGGGAUGGGAAGGCAGAGCAUUGCUCAAGGGGCUGGAGAGUAAUGGUAUCCUGGGGUGCCUGGCCAAACAGGUCCACCCCUUACCCGAGGCCAUGCCUGGCCCUGCAGUGCUGUCCAACCAGGUGUGUGUUAAUUAUCUUUUGUUAAUUUAUAGAUCAGCUCUACCGCAAAUAAACCCAGUGCCUUUCA